AAUGGGUGGCUCUGUAUAAAAGCCGGCACAGUCACUGUCAAAUGCACAGUCAAACCGAUUGAACUAUCUUCACCAACUCGCAGUUCUUAUUUUCCAGUAUGAAGUUCGUUAUCCUCGCUGCUUUGUUGGCUGUAUCUGCCGCGUCCUAUAAUAAUAAUAAAGCGCCAGUUAACUUUGGUUCAUUGACUUACUCCGACUCAGCCAACUCUGCACCCAAUUAUCUCACACCAGUUAACUCGGUUAACACCGAAACGGUUUAUUCCACGCCGAUUACCCCCGUCCUAAUUUAUUCUGAGGUUGAUAACGUUUCGCCCGUCACUGAACCAGAAGCCUACGAAACUACUGAAGCCGGUGCAAAUGAAGAAGAAGAAGAAGUAGUAGUAGUAGAAGAAGAAGAAGUAGUAGUAGAAGAAGAAGAAGAAGUAGUAAUAGAAGAAGAAGAAGAGUCUGACGAAGAGUCUGACGAAGAGGAUACUGAGACCAAAAGUGAAUCAGAAUCUACCGAUGGCCAAAACAAUGAGGAUUACGGUGAUGGAAAUGUAAACACUACUUCGGCCGUUGGUGCUGAAUAUGAGCAUGAGCACACAACUGCCAGCACUCACGUUAUUACCUCGGUUUACAAGGAGCCCGAGUACAGCACAACGUCCAUCCCCGUUGUGGUUGUCUCUACUCCGACCUACCAAACUCCAUCUACCACCGCCGUUCCGGUUUACGAAGCAAAAGAUAAAUUCUUGCCUUAUUGGCUGCGCCAGCGUAAUUACUUGAGUUCAUUUUAACGAAGAAAAAGUCUACACAUCUUUUUUCAUUUGAACGCUAAAUUUCCUACGGCCAUACUAAUCUUGUGCUACUUAUUGAAAUUGUAAUAUUCCUACUAUAUGAAAGAGAUAUCAGUUUUGCUAACAAUAAAGAAUUUUAUCCAGA